AUGGCGGACAAACUAGCCCAGCUUGAAGCUUGUAAAGCCGCUGCAAGCAACUACCACGCACAGCUACAAACCGCCGCGACCAAGGAUGAGGCACUCACCUCUGCGAUUGGCGUCGCCGAGAACCUCAUGCAGGCGUUGAGAUUGUCUUCAAAUCCGGACGAAAAGCAGCAGCUCAAGGCACAGUGUGGUGAGAUCAUGACCGUGGCAGAUAAAAUCAAAAACGCGGCAGAAUGGACCCCAUUGGCCAAGCAACAGCCCGCGAUCAAGCUCAAUGAACGAAUCGAUCAAUGGGCGGCCGAGGUUGCGGUCAAUGCAGAGCCCAAGACCACCUUCGAAGACAUGGCUUCAAGAUCAAGCUCCUCUCGCUAUGGUCCAUCUUCAACUACUGCGCCUGUUGAAAAUGUUCGCGCAACAUCAGGUAAAUCAUUAGUCUCCUCAAAUUCAGCUCCCCUUCAAAGGGAAAGUAUGCCCCAGCCGGAGACACCACAGCAAGGCGUGCACGAUGCCCCAAUUUUGCUCAUAGACGUUUCCGACGAUCAAGCUCCUUCUCUCGACAACGUACCAAGCACACCUGCUGAUGCACCACACGAAGAUAGUCAUGGAGUCGAUUCUGCGGUUUCACCUGGCGUGGGCGUCAAGUCAUCCCCAGUGCCGCAGUCGCCAGCACCACGUCCACAUCAGAGCCAUCUGAAGGCAGACCUGGCGGCUCUAUCAUCUCCUUCAACCGCGUCUUAUUCGCACAUCCAUAGGCUAGCAGAGCCUGUGUCGAGCAGAAAGCGCUCCAAAAGAGAGGACAUCAUCCUGCUAAAGGCGUCGAUGGUCAAUGGAUUCAAGUGUCCGCCUUGGAAAGAGAACCCUUCGACUGCCGAAUUUGCACCACAGCAAGGAGGGGAGCCGUUCGUUGACACACAUGACCUGAGCUUGUCAUCAUACCAGCAGCAAUUCUUCCAGGGUUGGGUUCGUGCCAGACAUGCAAUUCCACCUCCUGCUUUUUCAGAAGACAGAACUGGCAUUGGGCCAUUGAUGUCCAGCUCACGGUCUAUCGAUCUCGUACAGGAUGCAGCAACAGACUGCUCCGUGGUAACAAGCCUAUGCGCCGGUAUCGCUCGCGCAGAGCGUGGGCACGACCAAAUGCUUUCAAACAAGCUGUAUCCAUUUGACAAACAACUCGGUAAGCCCGUGCCCUCAUCGAACGGGAAGUAUAUCGUGCGGCUUAACUUCAACGGCUGCUGGAGGAAGGUUGUAAUUGAUGAUCGACUACCCGUGUCUAAUACCCACCGACUACUUCACGUGAUCGACCGUCGUAAUCCGGCAUUACUAUGGCCUGCACUGCUUGAGAAAGCCUAUCUCAAGGUCCGUGGAGGAUACGACUUCCCUGGCAGCAACUCAUGCAGCGAUCUGUGGACACUGACAGGCUGGAUACCGGAGCAAGUCUUUUUACAAGAAACUGAUACAGUUCCCGACCAACUGUGGAAACGUAUAUACAACGCUUUCUUGUACGGCGACGUACUAGUCACCACAGGCACUGGCAAAAUGUCAAGCAGGCAAGAGCGUGAGUUUGGCCUGGAAGGACAACACAGUUAUGUUGUGCUGGAUAUGAAAGAGACGGAUCACGAUCGGCUGUUGCUUGUCAAAAACCCAUGGGUGGAAGGGAGAGGUUGGCGGGGCCCUCGCCCAUCGACUAUAUCUGCUUUGGGUUCCUCUGUAUCUAGUGGAGGCUCCAAGAAUAGUCUAGAGACCUACCACAGGGAUAGCAUCCCGACACAGGAACGACCGCAUCCGACAACAUUCUGGAUAGGACUCGAGCAGGUCAUACAACAUUUUGAGAGCCUCUACCUGAACUGGAAUCCUGGACUGUUCCGCAAUCGCCAAGAUAUCCAUUUCGAAUGGGACGUCGAGUCUCAGUCCCCUGGCGGGUGUAUCAUCAAACAUCCACAAUUCGCCCUGGCGUCCAAGGGUGCAGGGCCCGUUUGGUUCCUUUUGAGCCGACAUUUCCGCGAUGCGGCAACAGACACAAAAGACGACUCGGAUGCAUUCAACGACGGAAGUAUCCGCCGCGAUUCUCAGGUGAACUCUUCCGGCGAGUCUUCGAAGGGAUAUAUGAGUAUAUACGUUUGCAACGGCCAUGGAGAGAGGCUGUACAUGAAAGAUACCUAUCUGGAAUCGAGCGACUACGUUACAACACCGCAAUGUCUUCUUCGAUGGGACACGGAUGCCAAUACGACCUACACCGUAGUGAUUGAUCAAGAUGAUCUUCCUCCGUCACUUUACACGUUCUCUCUGUCUGUGUUCUCUAACUCGCCAAUCGCACUAGAGCCAGCAGUACAAAGAUAUCCCGAGCAGAAGAUUGAAGAGGGAGCCUGGAGCAGACAAUCUGCCGGGGGCAGCACGAGCUCGUCCAAGUAUUUCGAGAACCCCCAGUACUCACUUGAAGUCCGUCAGCGUGGGCCACUUGCGAUUUUGAUGACAAGCAAGAACCACGAGCACCCGCUACACGUCAAGCUUGCCCUCGGACAUGGAAGGAGACUGUAUCGACUGCAAAGUCGCGACGUGCUCGUGGAUUCUGGCAAUCAUCGCAGCGGCUGCGUGUUUGCUGAAAUCCAGGAUCUCCAACCUGGCCUGUACACAAUCAUCUGCUCAACUUUUGAGGCCGGCCAGACUGGCGAUUUUGCUCUCAGGUUGGACAGCACUAGUGAACUUGGGCUCAAGCAAAUUCCCCGCGACGGAGCCGGCCUGCUGUCGAUGAAGCUUACGCCAGCCUGCUUCGGAGCGGAUGUACACAAAGUCGCUGCACCAAUCUUACCCCACCGCUUGGCCUCGUACACGAUCAUUGCCAGGUUCUUGAAGGCAACCAGCCCGCGUUCAACCGACUUGGGAAAAUUAGCUCGCAGCCCGCUUCGUCUGAGUGUUGAGAUUGGCAGGGGCCCCGAGCGCAAAUUCGUCAUCACCAGCGAGCGAGGGGAAUAUGCCGACGCCGCAGCGGUUCGGUCCGAAAGCGUGAACAUCGAUCCUACGCUCCGCAGCCAGGGAGAUCUCUAUCUUGUCCUCGACCGACUCUCGGGACCUGGAGGGCCAGUGGAGGAGUGGUACGAAGUGGAAAUCUAUACGGACAUGCCUCAGGCAUGUGAAAUAGGCGUUUGGCGCAACUGGAAUGACUAG